AGCAUAUAAAUGUCGUUCUCUCGCUAGGCAAGAGCACACACCUAACAAAAAACUUUCACAGCUAACAAUGAAAGCCGUCUUUGUACUUUGCGCCGUUUUGGCCGUUGUUGUUGUUGCUGUAAAUGCUGAUGCUGGUCGCUCGGCCUGCAAGGAUGAGUCGGAGAUUGGGCAAACGUACCCGCAUCACUUCGAUCCGGCCAAGUACUGGCUGUGCGAGACCCUAGACAAGCCGGCUACCGAGGUGGACUGCCCACACGGAUUGGCCUAUAUGCAUCUGCUCAAGGAGUGCAUACCCUGGGCCAGUUACAUUUGGAAGAAGCCCGAGAUGCCCCCGACGGUUGCCUAAUCCCUGGCAGACUACAGCAUCAUCUUAACAUUGACACAAUAAACAAUUGAAAAAUGCAAA